UUGAGGCGUGCCCGGCUGCGCCCCCAGCCAGGUCCCCGCCCGCAGCCCACAUAGAUGCGAUGGAAAGUCGGGGGCUGUUCUGCACCCUUUGUUACCUGAUGUUCAACGCUCCUCUGCUGUUCAUUGUCACCGCUACCUUUACUGAAGUUCCCAAAGAUGUGACUGUUAGGGAGGGAGAUGAUAUUGAGAUGCCUUGUGCUUUCCGAGCCAGCGGAUCCACCUCUUACUCCUUGGAAAUCCAGUGGUGGUACCUUAAAGAACCAGCCAGAGAACUUGCACACGAAUUAGCCAUCAGUGUCCCCGGCAGCAGGAGCAAGGUAGCAAAUAAGGAUGCAACCAAAAUCAGUACGGUCCGCGUCCAGGGCAACGACAUCUCGCACCGGCUGCGCCUGUCGGGCGUGCGGCGGCAGGACGAGGGCGUCUACCAGUGCCGCGUGUCGGACUACAGCGACGACGAGACGCAGGAGCACAAGGCUCAGGCGCUGCUGCGCGUCCUGUCCCGCUUCGCCCCUCCCGACGUGCAGGCGGCCGAGGCGGUGUCGCACAUCCAGAGCGGGGCGGCCCCGCGCCGCCACGGCCCCGCCGCCCGCCCCACGCCGCCGCCCGGCCCCGCCAAGCGCCCGCCGCCGCCGCCGGCCCCCGCCCCGGGCGGCACCGCCGCCAGCGCCACCGCCACUGCCACCGCCACCGCCUCGACGGCCGCCGCCGCGGCCUCCUCGGCCUCGCCACCGCCCGGGCAGGCCGCCAUCCUCCGCCAGCAGCACGGGUCAGGUACAGGACCUAUUUAUGCUACAGACCCACUCCUAUACAUGUCCCUGUUAAUACUGCAUAAGCUUGUACAUUUAUUAGUAAACCACUGACGGACUGCUCCCUCCACUCCUCCUCAGCCAAACAGAAAGGAACCUAUUUAAUAACAAACAAUCCCUGACAAAGAAAUCCCUACCGUUUUAAAGAUGGACAGAAAGAGACUGAAAGAAGCAUGAUAAAUUCUACAUGGGGGGAAAAACAUAUUUUUGGGGAUGCCACAAGAAAGUAAACCACAUAGAAUAAUGCAUCUAGUUUCCAGACUCUAUGGUGUAAAGCCCUGCUCUGUGCAUGGCACUUAUGAUUUCUCUAUUUUAAUGUAAUAUUUUUUCUUUUCUAAACCUUUCCUCUGACUCUUCAUUUUGCACGAACUGUUGAGCAGUUAUCUUUAUGACAAUAUGUAAAGAUGUUGGGUCAAACCCUUCCUAAGAAAGGAAAUAUUUUUAGUAGAUUAUUGUGUUUAGGUUUUUUUGGAUUUCCUUUUUCUUUUUUAAUUAAAUUAUUUCUUUUGGAGACAUUAAAAAGGUACAUCUUACCAUAAUUAAUAUUCACUGUCAAUAAUAUUUAUUUUUAAAUGAAGAUUGGAAACAAGGUAAGACAUUUGUUUAUAAACUGUAUUGUAUAUUGCUGAAUAACAGUUGAAUAAAAAGAUUUUGAAAUAAAGUUUUUACAGA